AUGGCUCUGGCUCACAUGGACUCCCCCCUCCCCAAUACUUGGAUGAGUAAACGAGGGAGGAGGAGGACCAGCCGGCGGAGGAAGAGCUCCAGCAGCCGCAAACAGAGUGCCUCUUUAUGCACAAACAUUAAGACAGACAACAACAUCAGCGAAGAAGUUGAAAAAGAUGAAACACAUUUUUUUGGAAAAGAUAAUUCACUGUCGGAAGAUGAGGAAAAACACAUCCAACCGAAAGAAAAAAGAAUUAAGUAUGAUAAUCAAGUGAAUGUCUUUCCAAACCAACGAAACAUCUAUCACACCACAACAAACGAUAAAGCCAAGGGUGUGAAGAUAGUGACUUCUGUGUCAGUGGAGGACAUGGACGGUUCAACUCCAAACAUAACAUUCCAACAGCUGCAGGAACCUCUGGAGGCAAACCCGGUCAAACCAGGAGGCAGCAUCAUGAAGAUCAACUGUGAAGGUUCAAAGGUGAAACUCGAGCUCCAAGAGACCAAUACGGACGGAGUUAAGACAUUGUUUGUUUUCUCUAACGAAAAAGAUUAUGGGCUCGAGGCCGUGUCGUGUGAGAGGACACCCAACAGGGACCAGUCAUCCCAGGCCUGGACCCUUCACAGCCACUGCACCCCAAACUUUAGCUUCUCUUACAACUGCAAUAAGCAAAGCAGCGAAGAAGACAAGAAGGCUCUUCACAGUCCGGUUUCAGAUGCCAAAGAGUUCCUUAAGCCAGGGGACAGUGCGGGGUCGGAUCACUGGGCCCGAAGGCGAAAACUGUUCAAAGAAAAUAAACAAAAGAGCUCUACAGGAGAAGGGUCUAUAACCAGUGACAUCACUGAUGGUUCUGUCUCAGAGGAUGGUCCCUCACUGAACAUGACGACUCAAGACACUGAAGUCGGAGCCUUUUACACGGAAACCUUCCACUCCGUAGCGUGGGUUUACCAGGGAGACGAGCCCAACGAGACCGCACCCCCCACUCUGAACAGCAGGGGCAGAGCUGUGUCAAUUAGAGAAAGGACCGUCCGAAUAACCAAUGGCUCAGGAGAUUAUCCCUGGGGCUUCAGGAUCCAGUUUUCCAAACCCAUUCUAGUCACAGAAGUCGAUACCAACGGGGCAGCAGAGGAGGCCGGCCUGAUGGUGGGGGACUGUGUACUGGCCGUCAAUGGGACAGAUGUCACCAGCGUACCCCACACAGAGGCAGCUGAACUGGCCAGACAAGGGCCAGAUAUUUUAACACUCACGAUAGGAUCAGACAUUGCCCUUGGCCCCAACACGCCUCGCCCUGGAUGUCGGGGCUACCUGCACAAGCGCACUCAGUCUGGCUUCAUCAGAGGCUGGAGGAAGAGGUGGUUCGUGCUCACACAUGACAGCUGUCUGCACUACUACAGACACAAGCGGGAUGAAGGCAAAAAACUCGCUUUGUCCACAAUAAAACUGGAAGGAGCUGAAGUUGGCCCAGAUCCUUCAUUGGGAAAGCCAUUCGUGUUCAAAUGUCGCCCCCUGUUGGAAAACCGUGUGUACUUUUUCUGUGCUACAUCGAAUCAGGAGACGAAAAGAUGGAUAGAUGCUCUGGAGAAAGCUGUCCACCCAAUCACCCAGAAUCAUGUGUGGGUGGAUGUGACACAACACAACUCGAACCUGCCUCCUCUGGCUGUGAAAAACCCAGAGUGCCUGGGACUGCUCCACAAACUGGACAGAAUCAAAGACACGUGGGUCCAGCACUACUGUAUUCUGAAGGACGCCUGCCUGUACCUGUACAGCGGCAUACGGGCCACACAUGCACAUGGUGGCAUAUAUCUUCAGGGUUACACCGUGAGAGAGCAGCCACAUGGAUCCAGGAAGUGUACAAUUGAACUGAAACCUCCAUCUGAUGGAUUCAAGAGCUUCAACCUCUGUGCUGAAAACCCCAAUGAUAAUAAAAGAUGGAUUGCUGCCAUCAAGGCUUCAAUCAAAAAAUGGUUGCCUUUGCAUCAAGCUCUUAAGGAAAAUGUAUAA